CUCACCUCCUCUCCACCCCUCCUAUCUGCCGCCGCUGCCAGCCUCUUCCUUCCCAGCCCCCCCCCAACCCCCCCUCCCCAAAAAAAAACCCCGAGAAGAGCGUAAAAAUCCUCGAGCGGCGGUGGUAGCUGGUGUCGGCGGCGGUCGGUGCGCGUCCAGAGUCGGUGACGGUACAUUUUUACGCAGGGAGCCUUCACGGUGGAUUUCCCCCCGAGCAGGACCGCUUUACGCGCGCGACAGGAGGCGACCAUGGAAGAGCUCACGGCGUUCGUGUCGAAGUCGUUCGACCAGAAGCCGAAGGAGAGCAACACCAAAGAGGGUAUCACGUACAGGGAAGUUUUGGAGAGCGGCUUGACGCGGGCGCGGGAGCUGGGCAGCCCCGAGACGAACCUGCAGGACAUAACGGAGGGCGGCCACUGCCCGGUGCAUCUGUUCAAGGACCACGUCGAGCUGGAGAAGGAGAAACUGAAGGACUUUAAUGUUUCGAGGGCGACAGAGGGGAUCUACGAGUGCAAGGAGAAGAAGGAGGACGUGAAGUCGGAGGACGAGGACGCGCAGGGCAAACUGAAGCAGCGGCGGAGUCGCACCAACUUCACGCUGGAGCAGCUGAACGAGCUGGAGCGGCUCUUCGACGAGACGCACUACCCGGACGCCUUCAUGCGCGAGGAGCUGAGUCAGCGGCUGGGACUGUCCGAGGCCCGCGUGCAGGUUUGGUUCCAGAACAGAAGAGCGAAAUGUCGAAAGCAAGAAAACCAGAUGCACAAAGGUGUCAUUCUGGGCGGAGGCAGCCACCUGGACGCCUGCAGGGUGGCACCCUAUGUCAACAUGGGCGCCCUCCGGAUGCCCUUCCAACAGGUCCAAGCCCAGCUCCAGUUGGACGGCGUCGCCCACUCCCACCCCCACCUGCACCCUCACCUGGCCGCUCACGCCCCCUACCUGAUGUUCCCGCCCCCUCCCUUCGGACUACCAAUCGCAUCGCUCGCCGACUCGGCCUCCGCGGCGGCGGCAGUGGCGGCGGCAGCCAAAAGCAACAGCAAGAACUCGAGCAUCGCCGACCUGCGACUCAAGGCAAGAAAACACACCGAGGCUCUGGGACUCUGACCCCACCGGGCCGCCCCUCCGCUCGCCUGAUGGCCAUAAUCGCCUCUCACACAAGACUGGGCCUGUGAAAAGGGGGCCGUGACACUCACAGCUAAAACUAAACUAAACAAAAACACUGAGUGAGAAUUGAAAAGAAAAAAAAGAGAGGAGCACAUACACAGAGGGGGGAAGAGAGAGAGUGUGUGUGAGAGGGGGGAGAACAGUGGAGGAAGAAAAUAAAAAAAAAGAAGGAGGGAGUGAGAAAAUUGUCACAAAACCAGCUGCCAAAACAAACCACUUGUAGAGAGAAACGGUAAUUAAAUACCAAUGAAAUCACCUUUUACUUUUCGCCCCAACAGGCAGGACUUCUGCGGGGCCAGUGGCUCAGUCCACUCCAGGCACAGAUCACAUCCCAAGGACCGUACAAACACAUGUGGAUGUCUGUCUGAGGUGCCGGGCCGGGGCCCGUCAGACCAGAGGACGUUAGAGCAAAGCAAACUGGC